CACGCGAAAUUUUCCAUUGGUUUGGCUGGAAUUAUUUUUAUCACAAAGCGUUUGCGCAGUCAUUGUAUUGCACGACGGGUUGCCAACAAAGAAAAUUCCUGCAGCACAUUGCGGCGUUUUCCCGACGUUACCAAUCCUACGUUUUCCGCCUAAAAACAUGUCCGUAUACAUGGUUAUCAUGUCGUUGUCUUAUCGCAUCAUUAAUUAAUCAAACUUUCAUAAAAUGUCAAAAUUUCAGUGAUCGUCCAUCCACAAUAAUCGCAUUCCUCUCAUAAUUCAUCAUUUCAUUCGCGCUCGUGCAAGUUGGAUCGCGUCCAUCAAGUUCGUGUGCGACCCAGCGAUGCAACUCCACUGCUACGCUCGCCGCAUUCAGCAAUCAAUCAAGUUGAUCAGUGUGCGCACCCCGCCUAACCUCAACGCAGUCUUCCUGCAAUUCGUGCAGCCCGAGAUGCUCCUGCAGCGGUUUUUCGGUCGCCGGCGCGCUGCACUUAAGGAUACAGCGCUCAGUUAUCGCCGGUUCCUCUCUAACAGUGAAGCCAUACAAGCCAUUCAGCAGCGCCUUCGUGAUAUCCCACGUAACUUUAAAAAUGACUCCAGCAAUCUCCUGCGGGUUUGGAUGCAUCAGUGCGAAUGCGUUGUUGCCCAGCGCGUCCGCCGCGGUCAGCAAAUGUUUGCACUCUAUACGCGAAUCUGGGAGGAGCAGGCUUUGCGUACCUUUGCUCAGAACAUCCGCAAGCACCUGCAGCGCCGUGGUAGGGAGCUGAUGCUAAGUGCUGGAAUUGCAUACAACUGGGAUAGGAAUCGCAUCAGCGAAGACGAGAUGCGCACUCAUAUGGAAGAGAUUGAGUAUAUUCAGCUAUUGAAAAGAAAAACCAUUGAAUGCACUACUUGUGAUAAAGUAGACAAGAAUAUUAUUUCCUUCUGUGAGUGUGACACCAGAAAAGACCUCAAAACCUAUGAUGGCUGGACUGUUUUUAUUGAGCAACAGGAUUUGAUUGUUUGGAGACGUCCGCAUAAAUCAGGCAGUUAUGAGUACAAAGUUUAUGGCAACUACAAGGAUGUCACAGCUGAGGAUUUUCUCAGUGUGCAAAUGGAUACUAAUUACCGAAAGAAGUGGGAUCCAACUGCUGUGGCAUUAGAAGUGGUUGAGCAGGAUAAACUGCAUGACAGCAAUAGUGAUAUUGUCUACUGGGAAAUGCAAUGGCCUAGAUUGUUUGCCAACCGAGAUUACGUCUUCAAGCGGCGAUAUUUAGUCGACAAGGCAAAGAAACGAGUCAUGUUGCUGAGUAAAGGCACUGAACAUCCUAAACAUCCCAAUACAUCCAAUAAAUAUCGCGUUGUCGACUACUGGUCUGCCAUGGUGGUAAAACCCUACACAGAAAUCGACAAACCUGGUAUUGAGUUCUCUUUGACCUACUUCGACAACCCAGGCGUGAACAUCCCUGCGUCUGUAACUGCAUGGGUGGCGUAUCGUGCCAUGCCCGAUUUUCUUACUAGAUUACGCGCAGCUACCAUAAAAUACAAGCAGUAUUGCGAAUCGAACAAGUGCCGCGGCAUCUACUCCUACCACGACGAUAAAAGCGGUAUUAAAAAGACAAGUAAUGAAGACGAACCAUCAGAAGGGCUCGACGACACGCAUUGGGAAAACCACUGGGACGACAGCUUCUACAGAUUGCUGAACAACGAACUGGACGAGCAGGGCGCUGAAGUGGAGCAGCUCAGUAAUCAGAUCCAUAAGCACAACGGCAAUGAAACUGUGCGGAGUAAAUCUGGCACAAAAUCGGAUUCUACUCAACCCGAACCAGCACGACCUGUAAUAGUCGAUGGGCCGCACAGUUCAGCGCCGGGCGCGGAAGUCAUCCUCACGCCAUCACCCAUCGUCCAGAAUGAGCAAAGCUAUUGGAAAUACUUGCAACCAACUUAUUAUAUAAGUUGAAAGCCAUAACGCGUUAGUAAUUAUAGUUCAUUCAGAUUUAAGACUGCAUUAACAUACAACAGAAUAAAAAAAACAACCGCUACAUUCGGCAUAACACGAAUGUUAGAUGCGCAUCAUAGUCAUGUUUUAAGAAUGUUAAUUUUGUUGUGUUUUUUAUGAUAUUAAUCGUAGUCAUUAUCAUUAUUUGAUGAGUAAGUAUCAUGUUGAAUUGAGUAUUGACAUUGAUUGUGUAAAAAGUAGCACAUGUUGUGUUUAAUUGUUAGAAUAUUAAUAUGAGAUAGACAGUCAUUUACUGCUUCAAAGAAUUGUAAAAGUAAAGAAUUGAAUUUUAUGGUAUAAAAUUAAAAUGAGAAAAUGUAGAAAAUGCAUGAUACGUAUAGAAAGUUAAUAGAAUUAUAUUUACAGCAAUUGAACAAACAGGUUUACUCUAUUAUUGUUCAUUGUUAUUCAAGUCACUGUUAAUCUUGUAGAUAUGCAGCGUAAAAGUGGCAUCAAUGAAUUGUAUCGAUUGCAACUUUUAUAAAAAUGUUAAAAAUAA